UCCUCAGUAUCCGUACUUCCUUCCUCUCCUGCUCCCGAUCUCGCAGGGACACACACUACCAUUUCAGCUCGCAAGCAAGCUUGAAACCGACCGAGUCAUCAGACCCCUGUCGGAAUUCAGAGCUCCCGGCAUCGCUGAGUCUUCUAAUGCCCUGAAAUUCUUCCGGUUUCGGCUCCGAUCUGUUGAAGCUAUUGGAGCCGCUCCAUGGGCGAAAGCUGACCCUGAAGGCUAGUUUCAUAUCGGAACAACACCUCGUUGCCUUCAAUUUCGAGCCUGACGAUGUCGAGGGACUCGUCGACGAGCUCCUUCUUUGCUCCCAAGAGGAGCUCGCAGUUCGAGAGCCAGGAGAACGAGUUCGAGGCCUCGAGGGGGUCAGCCCUCCUCCGGCCUCCUCGGACCCCUCUGAACUCGAUUCCCGAUCCUUCUCAAUGCCAGAAGGAGACCCCGGACUUGGAUUUGGAUUUCAGGCGGAAGUUCGAGGCAGCACGAGCUCGUCGGUUGUCGGAGAAGAGAGCUGAAGUUUUCGACAUCGCUGGUGCAAAUGCUGGUUCCAGCUAUUCGACUCCUAAAGGGUCGAGCCGAGGUGGUAAGGCGCAUGCAGAGUCGACCUCAGCGCAGAGCACUCCAGCUAGAACUGGCCCGAGAGUGUCGCUUGGUGGGCCCAGAGGCAGCCAGUACAAUGGCGGUAGGGGUCCGAGCUUUUCCUCCAGGGACUCCAGAGGGAGUCACAUCGCAAAUGCUGAAUUUUCAGUGGAAUGUCCGCAUUUCGAGCUCGAAGAAGAUUCUUCCUUUUGGAGAGAUCACAAUGUGCAGGUUUUCAUACGGAUUCGGCCGCUGAGCAACUUGGAAAAGGUUUCUCAAGGGUAUGGGAGAUGCUUGAGACAGGAGAGUGCGCAGACCCUGGUGUGGCUCGGUCACCCCGAGACCAGAUUCACCUUUGAUCACGUUGCAUGCGAGACAAUCUCCCAGGAUAAACUGUUCAGAGUUGCGGGGCUGCCCAUGGUGGAGAAUUGCUUGUCGGGAUAUAAUAGCUGCAUGUUUGCUUAUGGUCAGACAGGCAGUGGAAAAACUUAUACAAUGAUGGGUGAAAUUAAUGAGGUUGAAGGGAAGCUUAAUGAAGAUUGCGGGAUAACUGCUCGGAUAUUCGAGUAUCUAUUUGCAAGGAUUAGAGCGGAUGAAGAGAGCAGGAGGGAUGAAAAGCUAAUGUACAGCUGCAAGUGUUCUUUCUUAGAGAUAUACAAUGAGCAAACAACUGAUCUCUUGGAGCCAUCCUCAACAAAUUUACAACUUAGAGAGGACAUGAAGAAAGGGGUUUACGUUGAGAACCUUACGGAAUAUAAUGUAAGAACUGUCCAAGAUGUUGUCAAGCUUCUGUUACAGGGUGCUGCGAACAGAAAAAUGGCCGCAACCCGCAUGAACGGCGAGAGCAGCAGAUCCCACAGUGUCUUUACUUGUAUUAUUGAAAGCAGCUGGGAGAAAGAUUCGAUGAAUCACUUUAGAUUCGCCAGAUUAAACUUAGUCGAUUUAGCUGGUUCUGAGAGGCAGAAGAGCUCUGGUGCAGAAGGGGAUCGGUUGAAGGAAGCAGCAAACAUAAACAAAUCUCUAUCAACUCUCGGAUUGGUGAUAAUGACGUUGGUGGAUUUAGCCCAUGGUAAACAGAGGCAUGUUCCUUACAGAGAUUCUAGGCUCACAUUCUUACUUCAGGAUUCACUAGGCGGGAAUUCAAAAACAAUGAUAAUUGCAAAUGUCAGCCCAUCUAUUUGUUCAGCAAAUGAAACACUCAGCACUUUAAAAUUUGCUCAGCGUGCAAAGCUUAUCCAGAACAAUGCUAAAGUGAAUGAGGAUGCGUCAGGGGAUGUAACUGCCUUACAGAGACAAAUCCAACAAUUGAAGGGCCAGUUAUCAUUUCUAUUGGAGCAUCAUAACCCUCCACGGUCUCUGCUGGAAGGUGCUCAAGCUUUAGAAAUUUCCAGCCUAAGUGACUUGCCAGAGGAAUAUUACUCUUCAGGAGACAGAGUAUCAAAAUACCCUGAAAAGAGAUGGAGUAAGAAGAAUAUUAAAUUCUUGGCGGGCAAUUUGGCUAAUUCUUUGAGGAAAGAAAGGAAUAAAGACAAGGAGCUCGAAACUUUGAAGGCUGAAAUCAAACACAUGAACUUUCUGGCACGUGAAAAGGAAGAGGAUGCCCAGCGCACCAAUGCAAUCCUAAAGCUUCGCGAGGAGAAAAUUCAAAGACUCGAGAUGUUUGUGAAUGGAAAAGUUUCUGCUGACAAACAUCUUGUGGAAGAAAACAAGGCUUUAGUGGAGGAGAUUCAACUGCUUCGAGAAAGAAUUGACAGUCACCCGGAAUUGAUCCAGUUGACUUUGGAGAAUAACAGACUUCUCCAGGAACUUCAAUUGUACCAAAAUUUUUAUGGACGGGGCGAGCGCGAAACAUUGCUGGCUGAAAUUUCAGACUUGCGCUAUCAGCUUCUUGAGGUGCUAGAAGGGAAUGCCGCCAUCUACGGGGACAUGGCUUCUCAGGAUCUGAUGGACUUGCAAGAAUGCCAGAGAAUGAAUUUCCAGCUAAUUAGGGAAGUAGAAGAAUUACGCAAGGAACUGCAGAAAAGUUUGCGCUGCAGUCGAAGCACUUCCAACUCUCAGUUGGAAGUUAUAUCUAUAAGGAGUAACUCAGAAGAUGAAAUGGCAUCAUACACCCAAGGAGAUGACAGUUCUGAGCAAAACAGAGUCAGUCAGAGUUAUAGCAGCUCUUUAGAUAUGCGGUACAGUCAAAUUGAAAAGGAGUUGAUGGAUGCUAAGGACUUCAUCGAAGCAAUGGAAGCUGAGGAGUUUCGUCUUAACAAGGAACUGCAGCGCACACAGGAGGAAAAUGAGAGAUUCAAGGCGAUGUUAGAGAAAAUAGAUCAUUUAGAUGGACGACCUUCACAUGAACCUGGUAACAAAUCCUUGGAUUUGGUUGCGCUAGGAAACAAAAGCACGGGCAUUAUGGGGGAAAGUGAAGAAAGGGAAAGGAUGGCUAUGAAAGCCAGGUUAGAUAGAAUUGUGCAUGAACUUGAGGAGGUCACAUCCCUUAAUAACCAGUACGAACAGGAACGCGCAUCACAGCUAUCUCACCAAAAACAAGUUGAACUGGUCUGUGAACAGGUUGAGAUGGAGACAACCAGAACAAUUGUUCAGUUACAAGAAGAGGUUGCCACCCUUCAACUAGAGCUUCACGACAAAUUAAGUGCCACGACCAAUGAAAAUUGGAGGCUGAGGGAGGCAAUUGCAGCUCAACAGGAGGAAAUGAGAAUGCUUAGUGCAGAUUGGGAAAAUGCUACCUUGGAAUUGACAAAUUUUCUAUUAGAUGGUUCCAGGUCCCUCAGAGAUGUGUCCAGACAUAUAGCAAGUAUUGCCGGCUCGUUUCCGCAAGCUAAUGCUUCUAUUGGCAUAUAUGUUGAGAAAGCUGCCAUAACUUGCAUCGAGAAGGAAGAAACAAAAGUGCUGCUGCAAAGGAGCUUGGAAGAUGCACAAAAGACUGUGCUGGAAAUGGAGCAGAAACUUGGUUCCUUGAAAGGGGCAACAAUUGCUUUAAGCGAAUUCCAGCAUUUGACUAGUGAAGAAAGCACCGAGGAGACAUUAGACUUAAAUAUACAAUUGCAGGAGAACAAAAGUACCAUCAAGAUGCUAGAGGAUCGAGCUGCUGAAGCUGAAAGACAUAUUUAUGCUGCAUUUCUGGUUGUAAAAUGGCUUUCUGAUCACUAUGGGAUUGCACAGAGGAACAGUAUUAAGGGGGAUACUGAACGAGGUAGUCUUUCGAAAGUGGUUUGCUCCUAUGAAAACAGAAAUCAUAGGAUUCCUCAAAUGAAGGAUGACUCAGAUUCUCUUGCAGUGGAACAGCUUGCUCAAGCCAAGAUGGCAAGGCCAGGAGCAUCCAGGUCUAAGGAAGCUAGUGAAGAGUGUUAUGGUGGAAGGGAAAUCUUUAUUUCAGCUCCACAAACAGAUACUCCUGACGAAUUCGAUGAAUGUGGCAGUUUGGUUCGCAAUAUGGAAAGGGAAGCUUCUGACAAAGGCUUACAGUUGAAGAAAUUGAGAAGAAACCGUGGUGCUGUGGAAUCAUUUUCAAGGGAUGACUGCAGCUUUCUGAAGAUUGAAAAUGAAAGUCAUGUGCUUCAUCAAAUAAAGGAUGAGCUAAGAGAAACUAAUCAUAGACUGAAUGCUAUAAAAGGUUGCAUUGACAUGACAUUUGGAUGCAAGUCUAUGGAUGAAGAUUUGGUUGAUCCAUAUGAGUUGAGUGGCAGCUAUUCCAUGUCAGCUUCCGACUCCGACAAUAUUGCUAUGGAAUGUGAAUCUAGUAGUUCUGAUGAUGCAUGCUCAUCUAACUCAGAGUCUGUCAAACAGCUGAAGCAUUCUGAAUUGCAGAGCCAAAGGUAUUCACAGUCUGAUAAUUCACAAAUGCAACCUGAUAAGUCUUCUCAGAGUCCAUUCUGUACUGACACUAUAGUGUCCUUGAGAAAGGAACUAGGGAAUGCAUUUGAUUCGUUUAACAAGCAAUAUGUGCGAUUAGCUGCAAUUUUUAAUGGGAUAGUCAAAGGAGGAAGUCCCUUUGGUAAAGAUAUGAACUCAGAGGUUGUGCUCUCUAAUCAUAGCCUAAAAGCUGGAGCAUGGUGUGACAUUGGUGGAGAGGAAGCUGCCCGUGAGAAGUUUCAAAAUGCCAACAACUUCUUAAUGAGACUCGAAGAAACCAGCAGUACAAUCAUAGAGGCUAAUCUGAUGUUAAAUGAGUUGACAAAAGCAAAUGAAAAUGCGAAAUGUUUGACAAAGACAUGGAAGCAAACUGGUGAGGCCCUGAUGGUAGAGAGAACCAGUUUGCUCGAAGAAGUUGAGCGCCUCAAAGCUUCUUUAAACCUAAAAAAAGAAGAAAAUGAGCUACUCAAAGAUACUUGCCAUCACGCUUUCAUUGAGAUUGGGGACUCGCUUUCUUUGCUCGAAGGAUGCUUUAAACAAAUCCAAAGAGAUGUGGAUGGGAUGUUUAAGGCUGUGCAUGCUGAUGUUAUGUCUAUGAGAUGGGAUAUACUGGAAUUCCUUUGUAGCUCAAAGUCAUCGAUGGAGGAUCUGUACUCUGAGAUAAUGGAGAAAAGUUUUGCUAUGUUUGUGGUAUACCAGUGCCAUGUAGAGCAUAUUAUCAGCAAGUUCCCAAUUUUCAGUCUGGAAGCGGGAAUCCAACCAUUUGAACGUCAAGAAAGGCAUCAGGCAGGGCAACAUACAAUUUGCCUUGAGGGCCAGAAUGGACCUACUUUUUCUGGCGAGGAUGGAUCAAAGUAUAGGGAUCACAGUGAUUCACUGAGGAAGUUCUACAGAGGAGAUGUGUAUCUACAUCAGAAUGACCUGACAUGUGACAAUUCUUCUUUAAUCAAAGAAUUGGAAAGGAAAGAAGUUCUAUUGAAGGGCUUGCUCUUUGAUUUUGGAUUAUUGCAAGAAUCAGCUUCGAACACAAAGAUGAAACUCGACGAGUCUGAAAAGCUGCUUCUUUCUUUGAGCACGGUUGAAAAAGAACUCGACGUCAAGACAAGCCAACUCGAUGAAAUGAUGGUUCUCCAUAGGGAUCUAGAAGAUCGUUUGGCAGGUGCAGAGAGGGACCUAAACAUAUCAGUGUCAGAUCUUGAACAGGCAAAUAGAACAGUUGAUAUAUUGUCUGGACAAAAUGUAGAGUUGAGGGCUCUUCUGAAAGAUCUGUACUUAAAGAAAUUUGAAGUUGAGGAACAACUAGAUGAACAGAAGGAGGCUGUAAAAGGUUUGGAAGAGGAGGUUCUACACUUGACUUCCCUAAUGGAUAGAAAGGCAGUCUCUUCAGUAGAAAGCAAAGAGAAUGAACUGAAAUUGAUUUCCAAUGAGAGAGAUCAGCUCCUUGAAGAAGUUCGCUCCCUGAAUAACAAACUUGAGCUCGCUUAUGCAUUAGCAGACGAAAAUGAAGCUAUUGCUGUUGAGGCUCGGCAGGUGUCAGAAGCGAGUAAAAUGUAUGCUGAGCAAAAGGAAGAGGAAGUAAAAAUUUUAGAGCACUCUGUUGAGGAGCUUGAGCACACAAUAAAUAUGCUGGAGAAGAAGGUUUAUGAAAUGGAUCAAGAUGUGGAAAGGCAUAGACAGGUAAGGGAUACCUUGGAAUUGGAACUUCGAGCUUUACGGCAAAGGAUGUCAACCUUUGAAGAUUUCCGAGGCAGUUUUGAUUUAGAAAGCACAGACAAUGCCUGCUUUAAAGAUGGAGUACUUGGGAAAGCAUAUGGUACACCGACUGAACUUCAGGAAGCGCAUAAACAAAUUAAACUUUUAGAAGAGGAAAGAGCAGAACAGGAGAGAGAGAUCAAACGAUGCAAAGAAUACAUCUCUGAGGUUGUAUUGCAUUCUGAGGCCCAGGCCUCCCAGUAUCAACAGAAGUACAAGGCGUUGGAGGUGAUGUUUCAUGAAGUGAAUGCCGAUCAAUCAAACCCGACGACAAGAGGCCCCUUAUUCGAUAAGAAUGAAAAAUGCUCAACUAGGACAAGAGGUUCCAGCUCCCCCUUUAGAUGCAUAUCAAGUAUAGUCCAGCAGAUGAACACGGAGAAGGAUCGGGAGUUGUCAAUGGCGAAGCAACGAAUGCAGGAACUAGAGGCACUUGCUGCCAGUCAGCAGAAGGAGGUAUGUAUGCUGAACACAAGGCUCGCUGCAGCAGAGAACAUGACACAUGAUGUCAUUCGAGAUUUACUCGGAGUCAAAUUAGACAUGACUAACUAUGCAAACUUCGUAGAGCAGCAUCAGGUGCAGAAAUUGGUGGAGACAGCAUUUCAACACAGGGAGGAUCUCCAUGCAAAGGAGCAAGAAGUACAAAAUUUGAGGAAGCAGAUAGAAGAUCUUAUUGAAGAAAGGGAAAGCUCUAUAACGGAAGCAAAUAGGAAGGAAGCAGAUGUUCUUGCUACUGAGAUAAAUCUGGAGCAGCUUCAACAGCGGGAUCAGCUGCUCUCUGCUCAGAAUGAAAUGCUGAAGGUUGAUAAAAGCAAUCUAAAGAGGAGAGUUGCAGAAUUGGAUGAGAUGGUGAAAGCACUUCUUGUAACACAGAAUGCUGAAAAGCCCUUCCAGCAUAGAUCCAAUGCUAAGGAGAGUAGCUUAUCGAGAGCCGGUAUCUCAGAUCUCAAUAGGAGACUAGCCCAGUCCGAGAAGCUCCUCAACCGUGCCAAUGAUGAACUCACUCGCCACCGGAGUCCCAGUAGCUCCUAUUUACAAGACAGAACUCAUGGAAAUGCAGGAAGCAGAAGGCUCAGCUCUGUCAGCAAAGAUUUCCAUUAAUGGUUCAGCAUCUCUUGAGGUGUGCUAUUUUCAACCUGUGCACAGAUAGGAGUCAUGGGACCUUCCCUGUACUUGUACGUUAUUUCCUCUGAACUCAUAGAAGGUGAACUUCCCACUCAGAUGUAUAUCCAGAGGUCUUCAGAUUUGCAUUCAGUACUCUGAACUUUGGCCUUCCGAUUAUUUGAUUCUUCAGUCUGCUGGUGUGUGCAUUCAAUUCAGAUACUUUGUAUAUAAGCACUUCCUCUUUGAGAGCAAGUACACCAUUGGCGAUAAUAGAUUGAAUACACGUGGAAAGAAUGGGCAAGAGAUUGUUCUCACUGAA